GCGACGCUGCUAGCUAUUCGAGAAGUUGCGUAAUGCCUACGACUACGUGACGACCUGUAGCAGACACGUCUCUGAGGGCCAAGGACAAAUGUCAAGAGAGUUCUUCGAGACGGACAACGGCGACAUUUCCUCUUUGAGAAGCACUGUGGUUCAUUUCCCAGGCGUGGAAUCACUGCGACAAGUGUUUGAGGCUCUUUGGUUUUAUCUAACGAACAUGGAGAUCAGUAUCUCGGAGCGACUGGGUCACAUUACUGUGCGGGAAGACUACGAUAUGAUCGAUGGCAUAGAGUACAACGCGCGCAUCUUGUCAAGCGAUAGCAAUGGGAUCAUGACGGAGUACCAUCGUGUUCGCGCAGUUCUUCGAAGAGGGCGAUCCGAAAUUUGGUGGAGAACCAUAUGCGAUUGUGGCUUCGGACUGCGCCGACGAGGACGAGUUGUAUCCGUAGAACUCGUCUGAACGUGUACGCAAAGUACCCAAAAACAUUUCGGGUGGGAUCGUGAUGACAGCCAGCACUGGCAACACCAAGUUAGUCGCCGCACAGGCUUCUUGAAACUGCGUCAUCCAGAAUUCCCAGUUUCCCUACUUGCUCAACAAGAACUGGAAGCAGG